UGGUCUUAGAUUCUUUCAUCGUAUUUAAAGGCUUCAGUGUUCCUCAAAUCCGCAAUCAGCAACAAAACGAGAAACAAAAUACCGAUCCACACUCUGUGCACUCUUUACUCAAAGCUAAUUUCAACAGCCAAGCAAACACAAUGUCUCUGAUUCCAAGCAUUUUCGGUGGCCGCCGAAGCAACAUCUUCGACCCAUUUGAUGGGUUUCCGUUCUCAAACUCGAUGGGCGGCAUUGCCCCUUCCUUCGCCGGCGAAGCCUCUGCUUUUGGCAUCGACUGGAAGGAGACCCCACAAGCUCAUAUCUUCACCGCCGAUCUCCCUGGGAUCAAAAAGGAAGAACUCAAAGUUGAGGUUGAAGAAGGCACAGUUCUGCACAUCACUGGGGAGAGAAGCAGAGAGCACGAGGAGAAGAACGACAAAUGGCACAGAAUCGAGCGCAGCAGUGGAAAGUUCAUGAGGAGAUUCCGGCUGCCGGAGAAUGCCAAAGUUGAAGAUGUGAAGGCCAGCAUGGAGAAUGGAGUUCUCACUGUCACAGUGCCUAAACUGGAGGAGACCAAGCCUCAAAUCAAGUCCAUCGAAAUCUCUGGCUAAAAUUUCUUUGUUGGUCAUUGUUUGUGUCUGGCCACCGCAAUGUUUGUAAUUCUCAAGGUCUUUUAAGUUGUCUAAUGUGUCUCCUUUCUUCUGUUAAUAAAGUAUAAAAUAAAUAC